AUGUGCCAUAGCUUCUCCCAGGUGUACUUAGCCUUCGAAUUCUGGGGCAUGGAGAAUCUGCACCAGCGCCUUCUGGACCAGCCAGGGUACCGCCUCGAUGUCAAGGAUGCUGUGGACUGCACAAUGCAGAUAGCAGGAGCGCUGGCCCACUGUCACUCACGGGACGUCGUGCACAGGCAAGUGUCUCUGAAGCACAUUGUCAUGGAGGACCAGUCUGAAAUGCCUUUCUGCCGCUUGGUGGACUUCUUCCAGGCGGCGCUUUGCCCGGAGUCGACGCCGUUGGCCACGCCGUGCGGAGACUUGCCGCGCAUCGCCCCGGAGGUGGUUGUGGACGAGUCGUAUGUCGCCAAGCCAGUGGACUGCUGGAGUCUCGGGGUGGUGCUCCUCGAGGCCGCCGGGGGCCUGGGCUCGAUGAGGCAGGUGGUCGGUUGGCCGGAGGAGGCGGAGCUGGAGCCCACGGCCAGAAGGAUCAAGAAUAUCUUCUCUGGCGAGGGGAGUCACGCUCGUGCACUUGACGGUCAUGGGCGGCGUUCGCAGCGAGCCGGUGCUGGCCAAUCUAUCCGCACUGCUCGAGCCGACUCCCACGGCUCGGGCGGCCAUGUGUGCGUGGCGCCCCUGAAGGCCCCGGGCUCGGGCUCCCUCCGUCCAGCCCCGUGGCGCCUCGGACGGCCCCGAGGGCUGGAACGAGGAAGAACACCACUUUGA